AGGCUUUGGCGUGAACUGCCUUCAAAAGGGGCAAAAAAAAAAAAAAAAAGAAAGGGAAUCAUCGCCUCUGUAUGUUUCUAAACUAUGACCCAGAGCUAGGUGUUUCCGUCAAACCUAAACCCUCAGCUUGCUUUAUAAGCCCCCGAUUCCCUCACUGUUAUCUCAUCGCUCCCCGAGAUCGUCCCUCAGCCCUCAAGCUUCAUAGCACAGGAAGACUGCAGCUCACCGCUCGUCACUCGGGUUUCAAGCUCGCCUCUGCACUUCGCCUCAGAGAAUCAUGGCCACCAAAGCUGAAGGUGACAGGAAGGAACCAAUAAAUGAACAGGCAAUUAUUAAUGCGUACACUGCUAUGCGAUCUGAACUGAACCAAAUUUACUCAAAGAUCACUGAGCUUGAGAUGGAAGUGAGUGAGCAUUCAUUGGUUAUUAAUGCUAUCCAACCACUUGAUCCAUCCAGACGGUGCUACCGAAUGAUUGGAGGUGUGCUGGUUGAGAGAACUAUCAAAGAGGUCCUGCCUGCUGUCCAGCGCAAUAAAGAGGGGAUUGAGGAGGUAAUUACAAGGCUCAACGAGGCCUUGGAAAAGAAGAAAAAGGAAAUUACUGAGUUUGAAACUAAAUACAAGAUCAAGAUAAGAAAGCCUGAAAAUGAGGUGCAGGAUGAUGGCGGCAAGAAGGAAGGUUCUUCUCAAGGAGUUCUCGUGGGUCCUGCAUAAGUCUUGUAAUUUUUUGUAUCCCCUUCUAAGGUUUCUCAGACGUGUUUGAUACAGUUGGCCCUUUUUGUUGUGGUGUUCUAGUUAUUGGAUGUGAAUCUUGUUGAUCAUGAUUGUGUAGACUAGCUGAUAUUGCGGAACCAGAUAUAUAUUUGUUUUGAUCCUGUUUUUAA